CUUUUUUUCUUUUUUCUUUCUUAUUGUAUAAACUUUUUCCUCUUCUUUUUUAUGCUUGUUGCAUGGAAGUCGUCCAAGUACAGCCUCGAGACUCGUAUCUGCACUAUAUUUAUGUGCCCUCCAGAGGCACUGCCAUUCGCUGGUCCUUUACGACCAAGCGAAAGAACAUUGCGUUUGGUUUGUACCGACGAUUGGGGCCUGCUCGUCUUCCGUCAUCGUCUGAAUUCAUCUUUCAACAGCAAGACGAACAACAGCGGCGAAAGUCGUCUGUAGGCGACUUGUUCCCCGUCUGUAAUGAUAUUAUUAAUAAUAGCAGCAGCAAUGGUAUAUAUAUAUAUAUAUAGAUGCAUAUACCCCCGUCUUUUAUCGUUCCUAACUAUGAUGGAAAUAUAAAGACAUUCAUCUGGGAAAACACAUGUGUUUAGAAGCUGCUGCAACCACUAGUACGGCAGACAAACCAUUGAGCAAUACAGGCAACAAUGCAUCGUCAUCAUCUUCUCAAGGACUUCAUCACCUACUACAUAUCAACGGCAUCCAACGAUCCAAAAGCGUGAAACUAGCAUCCGUCAAACUCAAAGAACAAGAAGAUUUAACUGAAGUAUUGCCGAUCCAGCAUUGUGUUUCAGCCAAUGUCAAGGUGGAAGGCAGUUAUGUCGUCCAAGAGCCUGGCAACUACAUUCUUGUUUUUGACAACACAUUCUCACGAAACACGCCCAAGGUCCUCAGCUUCUCGGUUGCAUUAGCCGAUGCCAAUCUAUUCAAUCCACGACUCUCCAUAUCGGAUGAUCCACAGCAACAACCUGUUUCCGGCUGGUUAUUGAAGAAGAAGCGCAAGAAAAUGCAAGGGUGGGCCAAACGAUGGUUCCAGCUGUCAGCAUCAGGCGUGCUGUCCUACUCAACAUCACCAGCAAGUGUUCGUCGGGGGUCGAUCCAGAUUCUCGUGGCAACAAUAUCCAUCAAUCCUUUACAACGCCUGAUCCACAUCGACUCUGGAACAAUGAUAUACCAUUUAAAGACAUUGACUGCAGAAGACCAGGCAAAAUGGACAAAAGCAUUACGUGACUAUCGAACAACACCACCCGCACCGGUGGAUGAGUGUCAGCAACAACAGCUGGCCUUUCUGCAACAAAUACAAGAGGAAACCACUACCGCGAUGCACGAAAACAACAGUGCCAUGCCACCACCACCAUCGUCAACAGCAGCAGCAAUUACAAAGAAUAGUGAUAGCCAAUACUAUCAACAACACAUCAAAAAGGGAACCAAACUGGCCACGCUAUUGCUCGCAGACAUGACCGGUUAUUUCCGACGGGUGGAUGAGGAACUGGACCUGGUGCCGUCCCAUGGCAGGUCUGCUGACAAUGCCAUUCAAGGCUUCUUGGCGGAAAGCAAGCAGCGGAUAUUGGAUGAGCUGAUGCAAAUGCAAGCAUUGUGGCGGGAUAUUGAGCAACAACACACCAUUCAGUCAAAAGAUGACACGGACACCAUGCUACCGACGCCACCCUUUGACAAUGGUGUCCAAAGACAAGACUCGCCAUUUGAUGUGAUGAAGCGACAAGAAACGCCAUUUUUGUCGGUGCCACCUUCCCCAGCCAAUCUCUUUAUGUACCACAACAACACGACUGUAUCGUCUUGGCGUGGAUCGACCUUGUCAGAGCAGUUUUUUGACGCGGAAGAGAUUUUAUUGAGUGGUGAAGAUGAGGACGAGGACGAUUUUCGAAUUGCCGAGGAGGAGGAUAGUGAUGAUGAUGAUGAUGACGAAUAUGAUGAUGAUCGUACACCUUCGACCGACUCCAUUGAGCUGAUGAAAGACGCCUAUCCACAACAAUGCACACGACGAUUACAGCUACCAGCGCCUGCAGCAACUGACGAAGUAUCCGCCUUUUCCUUCAUACGCAAAAAUGUCGGCAAGGAUCUAUCAACGAUUGCCAUGCCUGUCAGUAUGAACGAGCCACUCAGUAUGCUUCAACGAGCAUGUGAAGAAUUGGAAUAUUCAGAACUGUUGGAUAAGGCUGCCGGAUUUUCGGAUUCGUUGGAUCGGUUGCUUCAUGUCGCUGUGUUUGCAGUGUCUGGUUACGCUUCAUCACAAUACCGCAUGGGUCGCAAGCCGUUCAAUCCAAUGAUGAACGAAACGUAUGAGAAUGUACGGCCCGAUAAAGGCUUUCGAUUUAUUGCUGAAAAAGUGUGUCAUAACCCAUUGAUGAUUGCGGCACAUGCAGAAUCUCAAAACUACAAACUGUGGCAAUGUGUUAAAGUGCGAAGCAAAUUCUGGGGCAAAUCCAUGGAAUUCAUCAAUGAGGGUACCUAUCAUGUUACACUCACCGGCCAUGCGGAUUACAUUACAUACUCGAAACCAUCCAGUUGGCUGCGGAAUAUGAUUGCUGGCAACAAAUAUUUGGAACAUGUGGGCGAAAUGAAGGUGACAAACCAUACGACGGGCGAGUAUGUGAUUGUGACCUUUAAAGAAGGCACAGGUGGCUAUUUGUUUGGCGCCGCAAAGCAGUGUAACGAAGUGAUCAUGCAUGCGUAUGAUCCAACGGGCCAUAAAGUACGACGCGUCGUAGGCAAAUGGAACGAGAUGCUUGCAGAGCAAGUCAAUCCCAACCAGCUGUCCGUUUUGUGGACCGCGACACCACCGACCUUGAAGGACUAUGCGCGACAUUUUGGAUUUACUCAGUUUGCUACGGAGCUGAAUGAGAUCACGGCCAUUGAACGAAACAAGAUACCGAAAACAGAUACCCGUUAUCGACCGGAUCAGCGACUCUAUGAGCAUGGACGCGUGGAAGAAGCAGAUGCUGAGAAACUGCGGAUCGAGCAAAAACAACGUGAACGGCGUAAACAGUUUGAAGCAGCAGGAGUACCGUGGAAACCACGGUGGUUUAAGCUCCAGGAAGACAAGUACACAGAUCCAUCGCUCAUACCUUCAGCAGAUGGUGUGGCACGGUCAUGGCACUAUGGAGGAGAAUACUGGCUAUCCAGGGAAACUGGUCAAUGGCCGAGCGACCAGUUUGAUUUGUGGUGAAGGGCUGACGGACAACUAUGAUACAUAAGCCUUUCAUACGAAUAUACUCCUCUUUGUUACUGCUACUCUUUGAUAGCAGUACUCUUUUUUUAAUAAUGUCGUUACUCAGAAGCAAAACAUCUCUAUCGGAUGAAAUAUAUUAACUUUUUUUUUUUUGUACAGAGA